UAUCAGCUGUUUUAGCUGUAUUAGCCGUUUAUAUCGGUUUCAUAAAAUUCAUAUUGAUAUUGAUGUUUAUUAAAUGGAACAAACGCUUAAUUAAAUUUAAUUUAUUACUUUACACAAAUAUAAAAGUAAAUGCAACCAUUUAUUGUCGUACGAAAUUAUCGAGAAGAUGAUGAACUUAAAUGCCAAGAAUUGGUACGCGAUUAUAUUAUGUCCUUUUUCAAAAAGUCAUUUUAUUGUUUUUGUUUUCGGGAAAUAACUUUGCAAUUUAUAGUUAUAACUUGGGCUAUACUUUUCAUAUUUCUGGGUGUGCCGCUCGCAUUUUGUGCGCUUUGCGUACCUGGAUGUAUAUUUUUCUUAUUUUCUGGUACUUACUUUUCUUUUUAUGCUAAAGCAGUAGAAUUAAUGAAGACAAAACCUAAUCAGGCACUGGUAGCCGAAUGCUAUGAACCCUAUAUUUUCCGCCUUAAGCCUAAUGAAGUUACUUAUCAAAUCUUUAUGGAUGAUGCUCCCUACGAACCGUCCUUUAAAAAUAAGUUUCGUAAAAAGAUAAUAGCUACGGUUAGUGUUAAAAGUCAUAGUAGCAUUUAUAAUGCCGCUUGGAUUCGGUUCGCUGUUGCACCCAAUUAUUCCUUUCAAAAAGUUGCUGAGCCUAUGUUUGGUUUGAUUUUAAAAAAUUGCGUUCAACUUGGUUAUCAAACAAUAGAAUCCACUAUAUCCGAGUGGCAAGAAAACGAAAGAGAUUUUUAUGAUAAUUUAGGUUUUGCUACGCGUCAAAUUUAUCAUAAACAAAUAAUAGGUAACAGUUUGUCUGUAAUGAAAACCCAAUUAACAUUUAAUUUACGGAAAGACGAAGCUUUACAAAAACAAAAUUAAGCGAUGAAGGCAUCCAUCCUUCAAUCAAAUGCACAUCAAUAAGAGCAACCAAAGAAUCAAGUAUUUAUUUAAUAGAACGAAUUUACUCCAACAGUUAACCGAUCAUUGGUAUUACAGAACUCUCUAUUCAUUCUAGUUUUUAUACUGCCAAAAUGUAUAAUCAUAUAACAGUUGAAUACUCGAUCUGUACAUAAGUUUAUAUAUAUGUAAAAUUAAAUAAAUAUUUUUCGAAUAUCAAUUCAAAUGCAAGGAAAAAGUUUUGUUUGUGAAAAAACACUCAUUACCGCUUGCCAAGCUUUUAGACAAGAAGUUACUUCCGUAAAAAAAGCUUAAUCUUAAUCUUCUAAUCAUUGAUUUUAAAUGUACUUCUUUC